CAACUGCGCCAACUACAUGAACCUAUAAUACCCUCCAUCCCAUGUCUCUCUUCCCACAUGUCUUACCACCACCAACUUCACCCGCCUGGCAGCCGGUGCACCCAUUCCUCUACCAUCACCAUCAUCCACUACAAUUUCAACAGCAGCCGACACCCACAUCAUGAAGAACGCCAACAACGACAACCCCAAUCACAAUGACCACAUCCACACCCUCCUCAAAUUCCAGUGGCUCGCCUCCCUCCUGAAAAAGCUCUCGGCCCUCACUCUCCGCGACUACUUCAUCAACCUGAGCGUCCUCAUCUGCAUCAUUGCGCUUUGCGCUCUGGCAUACCGAAUCGGCAGCAACACAAUGCGUUGCCAGCGAUGCCGAGUAGACCGGGCUGCCCAGCGCGAGGAGCGGAAAGCUCGGAGGGCGUACAAAGCCGCUGCGAGGAGACAUCGAUGGAAGCAAUGGUGGGAAGGGAAGACUUCUUACUAUCAGUAUCAGUGCCAAGAUCAGGGGUUUAGCUAUGAUGAUGGGGCAGUUGUGAUGGGGUCUGUUGGUGUGCGGGAAAGGGACGUGGAGAUGGGAAGGUUGUCUGAUGAUGAGGGCGAGGGUGUGUUUGCUGGGGCGGAUGCUCCUGUUCCUGUUACUAUGCAGGCGGAGAUACAUGGUUUCAGACAGGCGUUGGAGUAUGUGGGAGAGCUGGUGAGGGAAAGUGCACCGCCGCGGGCCAAGGUGGCAGUGGCUCAGGAAGUGGGUGGUUAUGAUGUGGAUGUUGGUCUGAAUGGGAAGGGUGGAAGUGGAGAGGAGUCGGAUACGGAGGCGUCGUCGACGGUCGGGUUGGCGACGGUUACUUUGUCGACGGGAACGAGUAGCUUGAAGAGUGUGGAUUGUAAGUCGUUGUCGGGGACAAUAGAUACCCUGGAUAGUAUGGGGUCGCCACCGCCCAGCUAUCAUUCAUGAGGGACUAUGGCUUCAUGUGUAAGAAUACUGAUCGUGGAGUAUGGGAGUUCAGGAUAUGGUUAUGGCUCAUGGCAAAAG